AUGAGGAAACCAAGAAAUGGGGCACCCACAUCAUGUGACCACCAGCAGCACCUAACGUCCACCCUGACAACAAACAAGCUGCCUUGUGGGUUGCCUUUGAGCACCAACAAAUCUUUGAGUAUCCUAACAACAGGACCAUCUGUUCCAGAAACUGUUUGGGGUAAGGUAAACCUGACAGCGAAAGCACUCACCGAGGGUGGCUUUGAAUCUCUCUUCAAACAGAUAUUUGAAACUGAUCCUAGUGAGAAGCUGAAGAAGGCUUUUGCUUGUUACCUAUCCACAUCUACUGGCCCUGUUGCUGGAACCCUCUAUCUAUCAACCGCUCCAGUGGCUUUCUGCAGUGAUCUUCCACUAUGCUAUACUGCCCCUUCAGGCCAGGAGGCUUGGAGUUACUAUAAGCCAUAUGGUUAUGGUACUAAUAAAUUCAAAAAUACCAAUAUCUCUGAGCAGAUUAUGAUACCCUCGGAAAAAAUAAGCAGAGUCAUCCCAGUGAUCAUGAAACAAGAUCCACCAGAGAAGUACCUUCAGAUUGUCACCGUUGAUGGGCACGAAUUCUGGUUUACGGAUUUUGUCAAUUUCAAAAAAGCAUCGCGUCAUCUCUUAGAGAGUGUUUCAGGUGAGCUGGGAUCGCAAUUCAACCGGUUGUCGGUUAGCCCAUGA